GCAACUUUAUUAUCUUGAUCUUUCAUAUAAUUGUAUCUCAUUGACCAAUGAGAACAAACAUAAUGUUACUUUGCCAGGAUCUCUUAUGAGCUUACGAUUGGCUGCAUGUGAAGUGAAAGAAUUGGAGUUUCUAAGAUCCGCAAAGCUUCUUUGGCAUUUGGAUCUUUCAAAUAAUAAGAUUGAAGGAAGAAUCCCAGAUUGGGCAUGGUCUAACUGGAUUAUUUCAUUGAAGAGUCUUAAUAUAUCCCACAACAUGCUGGCAAGUGUUGAUUCAAUUCCUCUUCAAUCUGCAAAUGCCAUUGAUUUGCGGUCCAAUUUUCUUCAAGGUUCACUACCUAUUCCACCAAUUUCCACAAGAUUCUUCUUCAUAUCCCUAAUCUCAGUGGGGAGAUCCCUUCGUCUAUUUGCAAUUUGACGUCACUGGUAAUGAUAGAUUUGGCAGGAAACAACUUGAAGGGAGCAAUUCCGCAAUGUUUGAGUAAUAUCAGUGGCCUCGAAGUUCUGGAUAUGCACCACAACAGUCUUUCAGGGACUCUUCCAACGACUUUUAGAAUUGGAAGUGCACUCAAAAGCUUCAACUUUCAUGGCAAUAAGCUGGAGGGGAAAAUCCCACAAUCCUUGAUCAACUGCAAACUACUCGAAGUUCUUGAUUUAGGAGACAAUCAUCUCAACGACACAUUCCCUGUGUGGUUGGGAACUCUGCCAAAGCUGAAAGUUCUAAGCUUGAGAUCCAAUAAAUUGCAUGGACCCAUUAGAACUCUAACAACUGAAAACAUGUUUCCUCAGCUUCAAAUAUUAGAUCUCUCCUCCAAUGCUUUCACAAAAAACAUACCACCGGGUUUGUUUCAACAUUUGAAAGCCAUGAGGACAAUUCAUCAAAUGAUGAACACACCAAGUGAUGAAGGAAGUCGAUAUUACCAAGACUCGAUAGCUGUCGUAUCCAAGGGAUAUGAGCGUGAAAUUGUGAGAAUCUUGUUUUUGUACAUCACUAUCGAUCUUUCAAACAACAAAUUCGAAGGACAUCUUCCAAGUACUAUGGGAGAUCUUAUUGCACUCCGUGUGCUGAAUAUAUCUCAUAAUGGAUUGGAAGGUCAUAUGCCCCCAUCACUUGGAAGAUUAUGUUCAGUUGAAUCAUUGGACCUGUCAAGUAACCAUCUUGUAGGAGAGAUACCAGCACAAUUUGCUUCUCUUACAUCUCUUGACGUCUUAAAUCUCUCCUACAAUCAUCUCGAAGGAUGCAUUCCUCAAGGAAAUCAAUUUCAUACCUUUGAGAACAAUUCAUAUGAAGGCAAUGAUGGAUUACGUGGAUUUCCCUUUACAAAAAGUUGUGGCAAUGAUCGUGUAUCAGGGACAAAUUAUGCCAUAUCUGGACAGCUAGACGAUGAAGAGAGCAAUUCUGAAUUUCAGAGUGAUUUUUGGAAAGCUGCUCUUAUGGGAUAUGGAAGUGGACUAUGUAUUGGAUUAUCCAUUAUAUAUUUCAUGAUUUCAACUGGAAACCUGAAAUGGCCUGCAAGAAUCAUUGAAGAGCUGGAGCACAAAAUUAUGAUGGGAAGGAGAAGGAAGCAGCGAAAGCAAAGGCACUUCUGCAUUUCCAUUUGUUUUUCUUCUUUUUCUGGUGUAACAUUGUGA